GAGUUUGGAACGCAGUGAACCCUUACCCCUUACGAGGAGAGUUGGAUGAAAUAGGAAGCAUGGGAUUGACGAAUUUUGUGCUGACGGUGGCGGGUGUGAGUGCAGUUGUUCUUCUUCUGAGGAGUGACGUGAAGCAAUCUGCAUCUAUCUUCAGGCGCAAUGUCAAACACAUUCGCCACUGGCUGGAAGAAGAAACUGCAACUUCCUCCAAGGCAAUGGAGAAGCCCACUCCUAAAGAACUGGAAUCAAAGGUUCCUCCAAAAGAUAUUCCUAAGGAGGACAAGCAUUAAUGUUUAUGCAGGUGAUGGAGAUGUUUAGUGCUGUGAUUUUGUUGUUUCUUUGUGCUCUUCUUACCGUCUUUGAAUGGAAUCAUAUUUUUGUUUUUGACUAAAAUGAAUCCUCUAUCCAUGUCUGUUCAUAUAACUCAGACCAAUAUUCAUAAAUAUAUUUAGCAAUAAUA